AUGGCUCUCUCUGGUUUGUAUGCAGCUUUGGGUUUAUUGAUUGGAGCAGCAGCAGCAUUUGGUCCAGUACCAAGAAUCACUUGGGAACAUAGAGAAGUACAACUGGUCCAUUUUCAGGAGCCAGAAGUGUUUAACUAUUCAACUUUAUUACUAAGUGACGACAAAGACGUUUUAUAUGUAGGAGCUAGAGAAGUGAUCUUUGCAUUAAAUUCAGUGAAUAUUGCUGAAAAACAUCAUGAGUUGUAUUGGAAGGUCACUGAAGACAAAAAAACUAAAUGUGCGGACAAGGGCAAAUCCAAACAGACAGAGUGCCUUAACUAUGUGCGUGUCUUACAACCGCUGAAUGAUGAUGUCCUCUAUGUGUGUGGCACAAAUGCAUUUCAGCCAAUCUGUGAUCAUUUGAACUUAAUGUCAUUUGAACUCCGAGGUAAAAAUGAAGAUGGUAAAGGUAGAUGUCCAUUUGACCCUGCCCAAAGCUACACAUCAGUUAUGGUUGAUGGAGAGCUUUAUUCAGGAACUUCCUAUAACUUCUUGGGAAGUGAGCCUAUUAUUUCUAGAAACUCUCAUCAGAGCCCAUUGAGAACAGAAUAUGCAAUACCUUGGCUUAAUGAGCCCAGUUUUGUUUUUGCUGAUGUGAUAAGAGCAGAUCAAAACAGCACUGAAGAAGACGAUGACAAAGUGUACUUCUUUUUCACCGAGAUGUCUGUGGAAUAUGAAUUUGUUGGAAAGCUGAUGAUUCCAAGAAUAAGUAGAGUGUGCAAGAGGGACCAAGGAGGAUUAAGGACUUUGCAGAAAAAAUGGACCUCCUUUCUCAAGGCCAGAUUGAUCUGUACCACACCUGAUAAGAAUUUAAUUUUCAACAUUAUCAAUGACGUUUUUAUUCUGAAGUCUCCAAGUUUGAAGGAACCAGUGAUUUAUGGAGUUUUUACCCCACAACUGAAUAAUAUGGGGCUGUCAGCAGUGUGUGCAUACAACUUGUCUACUGUGGAAGACGUUUUCUCCAAAGGAAAGUAUAUGCAGAGUGCCACAGUAGAACAGUCUCAUACAAAGUGGGUCCGAUACAAUGGAGAGAUUCCUAAACCUCGACCUGGAGCUUGUAUAAACAAGGAGGCAAGAGCAGCGAACUACAUGAGUUCCCUAAAUUUACCGGACAAAACACUACAGUUUGUUAAAGAUCACCCUCUAAUGGAUGACUCGGUGACCCCGAUAGGGGACAGACCCAGAUUAAUAAAACGAGAUGUGAGGUAUACACAGAUCGUGGUAGACAGAGUCACAGCGCUCAAUGGCAGUGUGUAUGAUGUUAUGUUUAUUAGUACAGAUAAAGGAGCCCUGCACAAAGCUAUUAGCUAUGAAAAUGGAAUGCAUAUUAUUGAAGAAAUACAACUUUUCCCAAAUUUUGAGCCAGUUCAGACACUGUUGCUUUCAUCAAAAAAGGGCAAAAGGUAUCUCUAUGCAGGUUCCAAUUCUGGUGUGGUUCAGUCUCCCGUUGCAUUCUGUGACAAGUACAGCACUUGUGUUGACUGUGUUCUAGCUAGAGAUCCCUACUGUGCUUGGAAGUCACAUGAAACCUCCUGUAUUAAUAUUCUUAAAGAAGAUGAAAUUGAAAGGGAUUGGAUUCAGAACAUAGGUGGUGAUGCUUCUUCCUGCCCUGAUAAAGUAAGAGAGAAUUCUCUGCAGCAUACAUUCAAGCAUGGGAGCACAGCAGAACUCAAAUGUUCUCAAAAAUCCAACCUGGCCCAGGUAGUUUGGAAAUUCAAAGAUGAUGUAUUGAAAGUUGAGAGCCCCAAGUAUCGUCUUCUGGAGAAAGCACUGCUCAUCUUCAAUUUAUCAGAAGGAGAUAGUGGCAUUUAUCAGUGUUUGUCAGAAGAAAAAGUGAAGAAUAAGAAAUUUUCUCAAGUGGUGGCUAAACAUGUUUUGGAACUGAAAAAAAUCCAGCCUAGUACAGUGGGCCCAAUCCAACCAGCAGCACAGACAGAAGGUAAUACCGAUGUACCAAAAAUGUCAACUGUGCCAACAGAAGGGUCUACUGCUCAAACUUCGACCACCCAGAUUAUACCAAUAACAACAGGAAGGAUAAUAACAAAGCCAAUCGGCCCCAUCCUAGCAAGCGCAUCCUCCAACCCUGAAAUCUUCAAUUCUGUUCCUGAUGGAGUCCCUGAAAAGACAAUGUUCUUAAAGUCAAAUGAUAAUUUCCUUUUAAUAUUUCUCUUUCUGUUCUUUUUUGUUCUCUUCCUAAGUCUGUUGUCCUACAACUGUUACAAAGGCUAUUUACCAGGCCAGUGUUUAAAAUUCCGCUCUGCUAUGUUACUUGGUAAGAAAAAACCCAAAUCAGAUUUUUCUGAUUGUGAGCAAAGUGCAAAAGAAACUCUAGUGGAGCAAGGCAGUAUCCAGAAUCAAACUGGAGAGCAGCCAAAGCCAGCUCAUGACACUGGAUAUGAGACUGAACCAGAUUGUGGAAAUGGCCAGGUUCAACAUGAUGAUGUCUCCUCGCAGGCUCACAAAGAAGUCAAGGACAAACCUUUUGAUGUUAAGUGUGAACUAAAAUAUGCUGACUCAGAUGCAGAGGGUGACUGA